CGAUAUCCUCGCACUAUAAAAAACUCCCUGAGGAAGAAGGACGAGCGACGCAAACAUGGCCGCGAAGAAAAGAAGCUGAAGAAAGAGGAAGACAAGAAGAGGAAAGAGGAAGAACUCAAGCGUUUAAAAACGCUGAAGAGGAAGGAAAUUUUAGAAAAGCUGGAAACACUUAAAGAGGUUGUCGGGAAUGCUGAGCUGCCUUUCGAGGCAAACGACCUGGAUACCGACUUUGAUCCUGAUAGCCAUGACAAAAAGAUGCAAGCGAUGUUUGGGGAGGAUUACUACUACGGCGCAGAAAACGACGAGGAAAAGCCAGUCUUUGACGACGACGAGGACUGGGACAACUGGGAUCCGGCCACCGAGGACGCUGGAGAGCCGGCCGCUCCUACCCACCAAGACACGGCCGCGCCUGCCUGCGAGCAGCCCGGCUUUGUGAUGGACUGUGAGUACGACGGUCGGGCUGCCACGCAGCGCCAGCUGCUGGAGGCGACGGGACGCGGCCGGAAGAAGCGGCGCGGCAAGCUGGCUGAGAUGCUGCGCCGCCCCAAGCCGCGCUUCCAACCGGGAGGCGACCAGGCGCUGGCCGAGUACAUUGACCAGUACUACCGGCUGGAUGAGGCGCUCAACCCGCAUCCGUUCCAAUACCGCCAGGUUACAGCCAAUGACUUCGGCCUGGACGCCACUGAGGUCAGUGUCUGGGGGAUGGCGAACCUGAAGAAGACCCGGAAACAUAUGAGCCGCAAAAGAAAAAGAGAAAAAGCGAAAGAAGAAGGAGAAGGAGAUGGCAGAUGA